CCAUCUACCGGCGUGGGCAUGAGCGUGGCCGUAUCUGCACUGCAACUCCGCACGUCUCCGGGACCGGUGGGUGGCGGUUGGCGUGGUACGGCCGCUUUGAUUGCCUCGCCGUCUUCUUCUUCUUCCCCCAUCCCGCAAUCGCUACUUCCCCACAGCAACAGAGCAAGCCUCCCCAUCUCCUCCCUCCCGCGCAUCGCCCUCUCCCGCCGCCGGCAGAGGGAUGGACGGCAGCAGCCUCAAGUCGGUGCAGCUCCUUGAGCAGAUGCGCCUGCACUUGGCCACCGACGCCGGCAAGGAGAUCGUCAAGAAGGUCGGCCUCGUCUACCAGUUCAACAUCUCCCCCAAGAAGAUCGGCGUCGACGAGGAGAUCUUCACCGUCGACCUCAAGAAAGGCGAGGUCACCAAAGGGCCGUACGACGGGAAGCCAGAUGCGACCUUCUCCUUCACGGAUUCUGAUUUCCUCGCGCUCGCCACGGGGAAGAUGAACCCGCAGAUCGCGUUCAUUAGAGGCGCGAUAAAGAUCAAGGGGAGCAUAAGCGCGGCACAGAAGUUCACCCCAGAUAUCUUCCCCAAGCCUGCCAAACUGUAGAAGGUUAGAAUUGUUUGUUUGGGUGAGGUUGAUAAUAAUGGUUGGUUGCUGGUUGCAACUUGCAACACAUGUGUAUUUCAUAGGAUGAGCGGGACACUGGAACAACACACGAAUGCCUAAUGUUAUGACUGGAAUCCAGAUAAUGCCAUGGUUAAUGUUAUCACCUUUAUGAAGUUCAAUUCGUGUUUCUUGUGACUUUGGUUUAUACGAUCCAAUGCUUGUUCAUGUUCAUUGAGGAAUAUA